UUUCUGUAAGAAACCGAUUCGUCACUCGACACCCAAAGUCUCAAACCCAAGGAAAUGGCUGAUCCUGAAUCCCCUACUGCUAACGACUCUGCCGUAGCAACUAUGGAGUCGCACCAGACCCAAGUAGACGACACCGCGGCCAAGCUCAAUAACCUCACAUUUAAAAUUUGGCCACCCUCCCAACAAACUCGUGACGCCGUCCACAAACGUCUCGUGGAGACGCUGUCGUCCGAAUCCAUCCUUUCCAAACGCUAUGGGGCGAUCCCUCAGGAGAAGGCUCCAAUCCUGGCCAAGUUGAUCGAGGAGGAGGCUUUCUCGGUUGCAGAGGCAUCAUUCUCCACCGAAGAGGACGGCAUCGAGAUUCUCCAGGUGUAUUCCAAGGAAAUCAGCAAGCGGAUGCUCGAUAUUGUCAAAACUCGAGCUGCCACUGCCAGUGACUCUCCUCCCUCAAUUCCGGCGGAGGUAGACUCGAAUAACGUGGCAACUGCUGUCGGUGAGGAGAAUUCUUCGGUUGUCAAGGGCGAGGAUUGAGUUUGAGCAUUCUUGUUCCUCACUUUGUGUCUCUUUAGGGUUCUUUUUGUUGUUUGGCUGGAUAAUUGGUAUUGCUAGGGUUUUAUUGAUCUGUUUUGUACUGACUACAAUAUUGCGGGAUGCUUGUAUACCUCGAUCAUUGCGGGAUA